AAGAAGAACUACGUUUAAUACCUGAUUGGGAGGCAACAGAUAACGACCUGAUGAGUUGUGCAUAUUCAAAAUCAGAUGCCUAUUAAAAAGUUACCGGACAAUGGUGGGGCCACUCUCACAGUUGUGGAUGUUGACGGUUACUAUUUCCCAGUAUUCAACCUCAAAAACCUGGAAGAAGAUCUGCGGUCAAUAUCCGGCUGGCAGGCUCGAAAUGGCGAUCUCAUGAUUUGUGCAUAUCCAAAAUCAGGGACUCAUUGGAUAUGGGAGGUGGCUAGUAUGCUGGUGAAGAAAAGGGCAGAACGGAUCCCUUUUAACAAGGACACGGCCAUGAUAGAACUAACAGCACACGGAAACAUAACAUCCCCACGUGUUCUCAACAGCCAUGUGUUCUGAGCAGCUGCCAAAAGAUUUCGUCAAACGAAAGUGCAAGAUAAUUUACUUGAUGCGAAAUCCGAAAGACGUGGCUGUGUCAUUUUUCAACCAUCAUAGUAACAUACUUGAUUAUGAUUUCUCGGGGAAAUGGGAUGACUACGUUCCAAGAUACUUAAAAGGCGAUGUUGACUAUGGGUCUUGGUUCGACUACACGGUCAAGUGGGAGACGUUCAUGGCGGACAACCCAGAGUACCCUAUUUUUAUGACGACCUACGAGGACAUGAAAGAGGACAGCCUCCGUGGGGUAACACAGCUUUCCAAGUUCCUCGAGGUAGAUUGUGACCAGUCUUUCCUACAAGAAGUCACCAACCUGUGCCAGUUUGACCGCAUGAAGAAGGAGAAAGCCAAUAUGGAGAUGAUUGGUUGUUGGAAGCGGAAUGUGCCAGCAAUAUAUCGAAAAGGUGAAGUUGGAGACUGGAAGAACUGGUUCACGGUAGCGCAGAGUGAACUGUUUGAUCGUGUUUACCAGGAACAAAUGAAAGACUCCAAGGUUCAACCAAGAUAUAUGAUAUGAUGAACGCACACAAAACGUGCAAGAACUUUUAUAGACUAACUACUGAUGUUGGUGGAGAUUGUUACUUAUCAUUUACUAUAUUUUUCACACGUAGUUAACUAAAACUACAUUACCUUUACAAUUACAUGAAAAAGGAGUUUUUAAUGGGAAGUAUUACUGAUGAAAUUGUUUAAUAAA